AUGUCGCGACACGUGCCCGCACCAGUCACCCCAUCAGGAGAAUUAGAAAUCAUAUGCCCUAGCGGUGACAUGAUCAUCUCUUGCACGACAUCCGGCAAGAACCAUCGAUUCAAAGUCUCCUCCCAGACGCUCUGCACAGCAUCGAGUGUAUUCCGCGCAAUGCUGGGACCCACCAGCAAGUUCAAGGAGGCGCAGGAUCUACGGAACUACGGAGGUGCAGACAAGCUCUACGAGAUCCCCCUUGAAGACGACAACUUGAAAGUGCUCAGGCACAUCUUGCUGUGUCUUCACCUUCAGAACCUUGCGGUUCCGAAUACGAUCAGCUUCGAAGAGCUUGUGCAAGCGGCCGUGGUGACUGACAAGUACGACCUCGGAGUGGCGCUGCGCCUUGACUGGGCAUAUGAUAAUUGGCUUCUGGUGUCGUGGGUGUUCGGCGAGGAGACCAUCUUCAAUAAGGUGUCGGAAGUCCUGAUCCACAAGGCCGUCAUCGAUGAGGACAGUUAUUUAAGCUUUGGAACUGGGAUUAUUGUCCCCGACAGUGUGUCUCGUGCUAUCUCAAUUCAGCGUGACGCCGCAUUUGAUUCGGUGUUCCAGGUAUGCGGGAGACUGCUGGAGCAAUUGGCGGGGGAAUCGGAGACGGAGCUUCCACUCCACUGUAAAUAUGGCGGCGAAACAGAUGCCCAAGAGGUAUGCGAUACUUUCCAGUACACACUGCUCAGACGGCGAUUCACGAAGGCGGGACUUCUCCCAGAAGGGAUCGAAACAGCACGUCUGGAUGAUCUCGAGCACCUCUGGCGUAUCUUCGCAGGGAUGACCGGAACUCGGGGAUAUCUGGAGGGUCAUUAUAAUUGCGAUGUCACCGCCGGGUUGAAGGAAGAAGUGUACAAACUGAUAGUCGGUGUCAAGGGGCUUGAGCUUGCAGAGUUUCCGUCCAGAGCUGGAAGACUUGUGCCCAAGCGUGGAUUUCCUUAG